AUAGAAACCAAUCAGCUUCUAACCUCAGCUUGUUCAAUUAAGCUUUGGCAAUAAAACCUGGAAGCUGAUUGGUUUCUAUGUAGAAGUGAGCCUGAUUUUGCACUCUCCAGCGUUAGUAAAUAAACCCCAUAGUGUAGUAAUUUAUUCCUCCUUGGCGGUAUUCCCGAGUGUAGCUCGGGGUAACAUUUCAGUACCAAAAGCGGUAACCCCGAGCUACACUCGGGAAUACCAUGCGGCGCUGCUCCGGCAUGUGUUCUUCACUUACCUUACCCUGCGCUCCCACGAUGUGUCCCCUGCAGCGUCCCCGGCCAUUUCCUCCGGCCGAUGCCGGCAUCCGGCUUCUGUGUCCUGUCCCUGUGACGUCGGGACGUACGGGCGCC